UUCCUGGCACUUUACCGACUUCGCCUCGUUCACAGCUUUUAGACUUUUAUGAGUUUCCCGCAAGCCCACUGAACUCGACUCGAUAGUAUACAAUUCCUACAACAUGCCUCAAAUAGCAAACACAACACCCUCCACAUCCACACACGCCGCACCUACCAGCUCUCGCGCCAGAAACACAGGCGGACCACGUAAACGAGUUAACCCAGCAGCCGACGACGCCACAUACCAUGGUACCACUUCUUUGAAUGUAGGUGCGGGGGCGAAACGAGGGGCUACAGACAAAGCGGAUGGGGAACCGAGGACGAAGAGGAAGAGGGUCGAUCAUGGGGGUGCGCAUGCAACUGUUUCGGGGAGUGGGGUGAGGAGAGGGGGAGUCGACAGGACUGUGGAUGCAAAUGAGAAGUUGUCUCUGAUUGAUUUUACAACACUGCCGACAGCAGCUCUGCAUCGCUACCUGGCACAAUUUGAUUUGAUCCCUGAAUUGGACCCUCCACCCACAUCGGCGGAAGACCCGCUCCCACCAUCACAUCUCCUUCGCCCAAAGGGACAUAGACAUUCUACGUCAAGUCCCCCACCUGCUGCCCUACCUAUCACACCAGCGAACAGACCUCGACGAGAAUUCAGCACGAGCGCGAGUCGACGUCGCAGUUCUAGGCUGUUAGAAGACGAUAGACGAUCGAACGUGACACCGACCAUGGCAGAUGUAGGCGAAGUGCACGGAGCGUUGGCGGCGUUGGCGGAGAGACACUUCCGAGAGCAUGCAGUGAAAGAGGUGGACACGCUUACAUUGUUCAUGUGUGCAGUAAGGGCGAAAGGCAAGGUACCCCCGUCUCCUUCGUGAUUGUUUGUUGUGCAUUGGCAUGUUGGUGGACAUUUUGAUGUGAUGGACUGUCAUGGCUGGUAUUGUCUAUCGACGUUGGGCGGAACCCCGCGGUUGUAUCAGUACGAUGGUUGCUGCCAUUGCCUGUUUAGUUUUAUUAGUUUCGUUUUGCGUUGAUUGCUUUGAACAGUUGGAUAGAUGCUACGUACCUUUGCUUUUGGCAAGACGCAAUCCUAACACGCUGGAUGAACAC